GACACGUGCAAAGCAUCGAAAGCCCCAAAGAGGGAAGCUUUUGCGUGGAGUGCGAAACCUUUAUUCAGGUGGCGACCAAAACUGGUGGGACUGAGACCCGGAUCGUGACGCCCUUCUCGAUCUUAAAGAGCAAGUUUAAGCCGAAUUUCCACAUUCACUACGCCAAAGCAGCGGAGUAUCAGCAGUUAGCUCAGCGCCUCAUGCGCGCUUCCAUCACGGAAGUUCGGCAGAUCCUUUCAGAGGUCACUGCGGAUGUCCGCUUCGACGUGAGCCGCUUGGGGCACCGGGAAAAUGCCCUGCUGCCCGGUGGUUUGUGGGUUCGACAGGUGGAACCGCUCCUAGAAGUGAGGGGGCUGCUGCAACUGUCCACAGACGCCAUCUACGUUCAGCCGCACCCCAACUUCUCCUCGGAGUUCGUGCGCCGUGUGCCCCUGAGUGAUGUACUUCAUGUGUUCCGCCGCGUCUACGGCGUGCAGGCCAAAGCCUUGGAGAUCAUCACCGUUCACGGGGGAUGUCUCUACCUUUGCUUCGAGGCACACGGCCAAUGCGACCAUGUGGAAGCACUGCUGGAGGAGCAGCGGAAAGCCCUCAUCGUCAGUCCAAGCGUCCUGAGGUCCUCGCUGGAUGAUGCGGAAACCGUGCUGCAGAACGUGAGGAAGAUGACGGCUCUUUGGCAGAGUGGGGUCCUUUCAAACUUUCACUACUUGGACUUCCUGAACUGCGCAGCGGGACGCUCGAGGAAUGACUUCUCCCAGUACCCGGUUUUUCCAUGGGUCAUCGCUGACUAUACCAGCGCCACACUGAAUCUGGAGGACCCCGCCAGCUACCGGGACCUCUCCAAGCCGGUGGGCGCCUUGGCGGAGAAGCGGCUCAAGUACUUCCGUGAGCGGAUGGCAGGGAUGCCCGAGAACCAGGAGCGAUUCCUCUAUGGCACACACUACUCCACUCCAGCCUACGUGAUCUACUGGCUGCUCCGGUCCAUGCCAGAACGAAUGCUCCGGCUCCAUAACGGCCAUUUCGAUGCAUGGGCUCGGCUCUUCCGUUCUGUGAAGGAGUCCUGGGACUCGGUGCAUGAGAGCACCACGUCGUUGAUGGAGCUCAUCCCGGAGUUCUUCAUCCUACCGGCCGAAUGGCUCCAGAAUUCCCUGCAGAUCGUGACGCCCGAGCGGCCCUUGGGCGAUGUGGAGCUCCCCCGCUGGGCCAGCAGCGUCAUCGACUUCAUCUGUCAGAUGCGUGCAGCGCUGGAAAGCGAACACGUCUCACAGUGUUUGCCUGCAUGGAUUGACCUGAUUUUUGGCUACAAGCAGUCGGGUGAGGCGGCAGUCAAAGCAGACAACGUCUUUCAUCCCGUGUGCUACGCUGGCUCCAAGACAUCACCCGACGAGGCCGACAUGAGCUCUUUCGGUCUUCCGAUGGAGGUGCUGGAGACGCAACUGCAGGAGUUCGGACGAAUGCCGCGCCAGUUGUUCUUCGAGGCACACCCUCCACGGUUGAGGACGCCCAAGUGGCCUCCUAAGAAGCUUCAAGAAGACGCUGACCAAUCGGAGCCCUGGUACAAGGCAGUGCGGCAGAUUGCGCGUGCCGAUCGUGGUGCCGUGCUGGUUCCUCCGAGCGUCGAUCGCGCAGUGAAUGGUCGCAGCGGUGGGAGCACCGGAGAGCGAGGUUAUGGUUCGAACGGCCCACGGCCCGACGGCUCCGCAUCCUCAUCCUGGCGUGGUUUGGGCACUGGUGCAGCGGCUUUAAGACACCUGGCAGUGAAACCGCUGGCUACGCCCACCUCCUUCACAGGCAUCACAGCUGUGGACUGCUGCGCGCAGAACCUGUAUGCCGUGGGUGAGGACGGCUGCCUUCGCGUUUGCAGCCUGCAGAUGGCGGCUGAGUCAUCGACCGCGCGGCGGAACUUCCGGAUCUCGCCCAUGCCCCUGUCGGCCUUGGCAGUGAUCGAGACGGAACUCUUGGCGCUGGGUGGCCACGACAACGCGGUGUCGUUAUACUCAACCUCCUGUGGCUCUUCACUCUCAAGGAGUUCCAUGCAUGCCGACACCGUCACCUGUUUGGGUGCAGCUCGCUGCAAGAGCGACGGGAUCGUGAGCGGCUCCAGGGAUCAGUCGGUGGUGACCUGGGCGGUGACGCCCAGCGGGCUGAAGAGUGAGGUGAUCUUCGACGACUUGCAGCAACCGGUGCUGUCCUGCGCGUGCUCGGGCUCCUUGGUCUUGGCGACGGCAGCGGAUCAGCAGCUGAUUUGUUGGGACAAGCGCAGCGGGCAGCCGAUCCUCCAACGAGAGACCCUUGACCUCACCUCGGUUUGGGUGAGGAUGGCGAGUCGGGUUUGGGCUGCACCUAUGCGGCCGCUUUGGACAAUGCUGGGGAGCUUCGGUUGUGGGACUUGCGCCAAUGCAGCGAAAGUCUAA